AUGAACUCUACACACUCUGAGGCACAGGUUACGCAAUCAGGGCAGGCAAUAAGAAUCAACAACAGCACGGCGAUAACGUUGUCUGGACUGUUUUCCACAUGCAUAGGGCCUUUUGGAAGCUACAAGGCCUUGAUUUCACCAGGGCAGACACUUAGGAUUGUAAAGGAAGGAAACAUGCUGUGCAAGGAGAUACAGUUUACGCAUCCUACAUCCGUUAUCAUAACAAGAGCAGCAACGUCGAUGUACAGUACAUUUGGUGACGGGUCGUCUUCACUGAUUGUGAUGUGCAGCGAGAUAUUUAGCGCGGCGUUCCGGCAGUUCUGUGAUGGGGUUGCGAUAUCAAGGAUAUGCAAUUCACUGCAGCUGUGCCUGAAUGAUGUGAUGGGGUAUAUUAAAAGUGUCGAGAAGCCUUAUGAGGAGGACACGCUAAGAAGGAUGGCAUAUGACACAAUACGGACGAAGGUCGAUGAGGAGGAAGCGCGCAAGCUGGCGCAUAUUCUUGCGGUGGCUGUUGAGAAUGUGUCACAGUCGCCGUAUUUUGAUGUGAACAUGGUUGAGGUGAUAAAGAUGCAAGAGGGGGAUGUUUCUGAGACUGUGUAUGUUGAUGGCCUUGUGCUUGAUCACGGAGGCAGGCACUACGGGAUGCCGAGCAGUCUUGAGGAUGUGUGCAUACUAGUAACGAACAUGUCACUUGAGUAUGAGAAGCCCGAGAUCAAUGCGGAAUUUUGCUACAGCUCGUCGAAGCAGAGAGACGAGCUUGCUGAGAAGGAAAGGGAGUUUAUUUUACAAAAGUCAAGGGCGAUUGCAGAUUUUGGAAGGAGAAUGAGGGAUGUGCAUGGAAAGAGCUUGCUGGUUGUGACUGAGAAAGGCAUCGACCCCUAUUCGCUCGAGGUGUUUGCAGAUGCGGGGAUUUUGGCACUGAGACGCGCAAAAAGAAGGAAUCUUGAAAGGCUGGUGCGUAUGUGUGGAGGAAGCAUGAUUACACAGAUUGGGCAAAUGAAUGAGAAGGUGCUUGGAUACUGUAGAAAGGUCAGUAGCAAAAAGAUAGGGGAGGAGGUAUUUACGUUUAUUGAAGGAACGCCAUUCAAGGGAUCAUGCACGAUCUUGAUCCGGGGAAACAGCCAGCAUGAGAUGAGCAGGAUGGAAUCUGGAAUUAAAGGUGCUCUGAAGAGUCUGCAUGUGUCGAUGAAGGAGAAGACCUAUAUUGAUGGGGGGCUUUCGCUAUAUAGAUCGCUUGUUUUGCAUGUCAGGUCAAAGCUGGAAGUGGUUGCUGAGAAGGAUGUCGCUGGGUAUAAAAUAAUGGAAAGUGUGUUUUUGAGUAUGAUGAAGGUUCUACUUAAGAAUUCUGGAGUGGAUGUACAGGGCGAGCUCGUUAAGAUACUUAGGGGUGCACCAUGUGUGUCUGUUAUUGAUAACUUUUCUGUUGUAUCCGCAGUGAUUUCGAAUGCAACUGUUGUUGCCUCAAGUCUCCUAUUGGUUGACGAAAUAAUCAAGGCAGGAAAGCCUAUAAAGGAAAGUAGUAAGUCUGAGAAUAAUUAA